AACACUCGAUUGAAAUGGAUGUCGUCUUCAAAGUGAUGAUUAUAUGCCUUUGCGGUCAAUAUGCUUUUGGAUACGAUCAGAAGGCAAUGGGAAUUGCCAAAAGAAACUCUAACUUUACGGCGAUGUCAUUUUCCAAUUGGGUCUUCUUGAGUGGAACCUAUGACUCUGCAACAAAUCAGGAUCAAAUUGUAAAUCUGACAACCCCCGUUCCUAUAUCGAUUCCAUUGACAACCAAAACACGAACGAAUUUGAGCGGAAGUGAGGACCCCCCACCAAAGCAGGACAAUGUUGGAAAUCUCACUACUUCCAUACCUGUUUCAAUUACUUCGUCAAACCAAACCCAAACGAAUUCUUCUUUAUUUGUAUUUCACCCAACUAAAAUCUAGAUUUCUUCGAAUCUCUUUCGCAAAGUGUUCCUUGUUUAUUUAUCGAAAUAAUUCGAAAUAAAAUCACUGACUUUACAUGGUACCAUAAAAACUUUUGUUGAAAAUCAGUAAGUAAACCUGACCACUAAGG